GGCGUAACUUGUCAUUGUCAUUUAUUAACGCAUUUGUCAGUUUAUCAAAACUUUUUCACCCGUGAAGUUUUUUUAUUGUCAUGUAGCAAUGUUUACGUUUAAUAUAUGUUUAUUUUUAUUUCUUAACUUGUAUUUAGGAGCUCAAGGGUCAUACUACAAUGAAUAUGAAUGUAACACACCGCUACUAGUCAAUUCAAAAUUGGAUGCUACUUCUUCCAUGAGUGAUAGAGGUCCAAAGAAUGCAGUAUUGUAUGGCAGUUCCGCGUGGAGUCCCGACUACAGCACCUACUUCCAGAAGCUGAUCGUCGAUCUGGGCGCGGUGUACGAGGUACGCUCAAUAGCGACCCAAGGACGUAGGGGUACACGCGAGUACGUCACCGAGUACGUGGUCGAGUACUCGGAUAACGGCAACGAGGGAUGGAAGGCGUUCCACAACGCGCAGGGGGAGAUCGAGAUGUUUAGAGGAAACGUCGAUGGCGAUACUGUUCACAAAAACGAAUUUGAAGUACCCAUCAUAGCUCAGUGGAUUCGCAUCAACCCUUCUAGAUGGAGAGAUAGAAUUUCCAUGAGAAUAGAACUGUUUGGUUGUGAAUAUAUUGCCGAGAAUAUGUACUUUAAUGGUACGUCCUUGUUAAGACUGGAUCUACUCAGAGAGCCUAUUGCUGCCUUAAGGGAGACCAUCAAAUUUAGGUUUAAAACUGCUUCGCCAAACGGUGUUCUUCUCUACAGUAGAGGAACGCAAGGAGAUUACGUUGCUUUACAGUUGAGAGAAAAUAGAAUGUUGUUCAAUGUUGAUUUAGGAUCCAAUAUGGUGACAAGUUUGAGCGUUGGUAGUCUUCUGGACGACAAUAUCUGGCAUGACGUAGUUAUUUCCAGAAAUAGAAGGGACAUUCUAUUUUCGGUAGAUAGAAUUGUGGUUCAAGAAAGAAUUAAGGGAGAUUUUCAGAGACUGGAUUUGAACAGAGAGUUUUAUGUUGGAGGCGUCCCGAAUAUACAGGAAGGUCUAGUUGUCGUCCAGAACUAUACAGGGUGUAUCGAGAAUUUAUACUUAAAUUCCUCAAACGUCCUGCAAGACGUGAAACAGGCUUAUGACUAUGGUGAUACAUACAAAUACGAAAAAGUUAAUAUUGGAUCUAAUUGUCCUAGACCCCCUAUAAUUCCGGUUACUUUCACAACUGCCAGGUCCCAUGCUAAACUUAAGGGCUAUGAAGGGAUGUCAGCCAUGAAUGCGUCCUUUGCUUUUAGAACAUAUGAAAAUAACGGUUUGCUGUUAUAUCAUGUUUUUUCGUCAUCAGGUUUUGUCGCGAUUUAUCUUGAACAUGGUAAAUUAAAAGUGGAGUUGGUUGCCGGUAAUAGUUAUAAAGUCGUAUUGGACAAUUAUGAAGAAACAUUCAACGAUGGUAGAUGGCACGUUGUUGUACUGACUAUUAAAACCAAUGACGUCACUUUCAGCGUCGAUUAUAGACCAAUGAAAACGACUAGGCUGUUGAAAAUUGUGACCGGGGCAUUAUACUACUUUGCCGGUGGUGUCGACGUCGCAUUGGGAUAUUCAAAUAAUGUCAUACCUGGUUUUAUUGGAUGUAUGAAGACAAUACGAAUUGAUGGAAACAGUAAACUACCGACAGAUUGGAAAGAAAACGAAUAUUGUUGUAAAGACGAGGUGGUAUUUGAUGCAUGCAGAAUGACGGACAGAUGUUAUCCAAAUCCUUGCCAACAUGGAGGUACGUGCCAUCAAAACGCUGCCGAAUUUUUCUGCGACUGCAAAGGAACAGGAUAUGGCGGUGCUGUAUGUCAUUCUGCUAUUAAUUCCUUAUCCUGCCAGGCAUACAAAAAUGUUCAGGCCGUAGGGCCAAAAGCUGACAUAAAGAUUGACGUUGAUGGUAGCGGACCUCUAGCACCGUUUCCGGUGACGUGCCAGUUUCUGCCAGAUGGGCGUGUCGUUACAGUACUUCACCAUAGCAACGAAGAUACGACGCCUGUAGACGGAUACCAAGAACCGGGAAGCUUCAGCCAGUUGAUUCGGUACGAUGCUGGUGAUGAUCAAGUAGCAGCAUUGACUAACAGGUCUUCCACCUGCGCUCAGCACAUUCGCUACAGCUGCAAGAGCGCCCGCCUGUUCAACUCGCCAUCGGAGGAGAACAAGUUCCAACCAUACUCCUGGUGGGUGUCCAGGAAGAACCAGAAAAUGGACUACUGGGGUGGCGGCUUGCCCGGCUCCAGAAAAUGCGAGUGUGGCGUAUCUGGUACCUGCGUCGAUCCUACCAGAUGGUGUAAUUGCGAUGGUGAUUCUGAAAUCUGGCUGGUCGAUCAAGGAGAACUGAACGAAAAAGAAGAUCUUCCCGUUAAACAGUUGCGUUUUGGCGACACUGGCAGUGCUCUAGACGAUAAAGAAGGAAGAUACACUCUCGGACCUUUGAGAUGUGAAGGAGACAGUCUAUUUACUAACGUAGUAACGUUCCGUAUCUCGGACGCAACUAUAGAUCUGCCUAACUUCGAUAUGGGACAUAACGGAGACAUCUACUUCGAGUUUAGAACGGCGACUGAAAAUGCAGUUUUGUUCCACGCCAAGGGACCAACAGAUUAUAUAAAAUUGACUAUCGUUAAUGGGAAUCAACUACAAUUUCAGUAUCAGGCUGGAGCCGGCCCUGUGUCUGUAUCAGCGGAAGUUUUAUCUUAUAAACUGUCUGAUGAUGAGUGGCAUACAGUAUCCGUGGAGAGGAACAGAAAGGAAGCUAUGAUAGUCGUGGACGGAUCACAAAAAGUUGAGGUUAGAGAGCCGCCAGGCCCAGUGAGGGCUAUCCACCUUACUUCUCCUUUGAUCAUCGGAGCAUCCACGGAUUACAGAGAUGGCUUUACCGGAUGUAUUAGAGCUCUUUUAAUCAAUGGACAGCAUAUAGACUUGAGAAGUUACGCAAGAAGAGGUCUGUAUGGUAUUUCCGAGGGUUGUGUCGGUAAAUGCCAGAGCAAUCCUUGCUUAAACAACGGGACGUGUUUUGAAAGAUAUGACAGUUAUAUGUGUGACUGCAGAUGGACCGCAUUUAAGGGACCGAUAUGCGCUGAUGAAAUCGGUGUCAAUAUGAAGGCCAGUUCAGCUGUCAAAUACACGUUUGACGGAUCGUGGCGUUCCACCAUAGCGGAACACAUCCGUGUCGGGUUUACCACAACAAAUCCCAAAGGUUUUCUGCUUGGUUUUAUCUCAAAGAUCAGUAAAGAAUAUUUGACUAUCAUGGUAUCCAAUUCGGGCCAUUUGAGGGUUGUGUUCGAUUUUGGUUUUGAACGGCAAGAAGUCAUAUAUCCCGAUAAGCAUUUCGGUUUGGGACAGUAUCACGAUCUCACUUUGUCGAGAAAGAAUGGAGGAUCGACAUUAGUGAUGAAAGUGGACAGCUAUGAACCAAAGGAAUUCCAUUUCAACAUCAAAGAAUCGGCAGAUGCCCAAUUUAAUAACAUUCAGUACAUGUACAUUGGUAAAAAUGAGUCUAUGAGCGAGGGAUUCAUUGGUUGCGUGUCUAGAGUCGAAUUUGACGACAUUUAUCCGUUGAAACUUCUGUUUCAACAAAAGGGACCAGGAAAUGUUAAAGUACUGGGAGAACCUUUAAACGAAGACUUCUGUGGUGUGGAGCCUAUAACUCAUCCGCCCGACACAAUCGAAACAAGACCGGCACCUAGUAUCGACGAGGACAAACUAAGGAAAGCUUACAAUCAGACUGACUCCGCUAUCUUAGGAAGUGUCCUAGCAGUACUCUUCCUGGCUUUGGUAAUAUUAUGUAUUAUCAUCGGAAGGUAUCUUCAUCGGCAUAAAGGCGAGUAUCUGACGCAAGAAGAUGCUGGUGCGGAUGCGGCUUUAGAUUCAGACGAUGCAGUGGUACACGGUACAACCGGCCAUCAUGUCCAAAAGAAGAAAGAAUGGUUCAUUUAAGACAAAAACUGAAAAAGGUGUUUGUUAUACACUGCCUUUAUUUUUAUUUAACCAACAUGAAAUUUGUUUCAGUUUUCAGGCUGUUAUAUUCUUUUAGUAUGAUAUUAGCGUAAAUAACAGGCUUUAGGAUGUUUUAAAUAAUUUCUAACCAUUAUCAACGUCUCUGUAAUUAUUCGAAUUUUAAGACAUUAUUUUUUUAUGAUUGAGAUUUAGUUAUAAUUUAUAAUCAAUGCAAAUCAAUUUCCGAUAUACGUCAUAGCUUUCCACUCAUGCCAGGUGUGGGCAAUGUUGCCAGAUGCUAACUAAAAUUUGUAAGUAUGCGAUUAUUGAAACUACAUAAUCUGAAGACACAAAAUCAUUGUGGGAACAUUAGACCAAUGAUAGAAAAGUUGUCAACUUUGAAGAAAUAAAAGUCAAAUUAAAAUUAUUUUUGAAAUUUUCUAAAAACUAAAAUUAUGUGUUUUUGUCUGUCAAUCCGGAGUUUAACCAUAGUUUUUUUAUUGCAAAUAAUUAAUCCUCAGACAAUUUUAUGACACCUGUAUUAAAGUAGGUAUAAAAUUAAUUGUAUAAUAAAACUUAAGGAACUUACGUUAAAAUUAUCUUCGCAGCAAAAUUUCGUACUUUUGCUGACAUAUUGUUGUCUUUCAACCAGUCUUUUCGACGGCUUUCAUCCAAAGGAACAGUUAUAAAAACUUUUUCUGGAGAGCCUUCAGAGUUAUUUAGCUCCUUUCACAAAACAAACUUUAACACCCUUCAUUACAAAAAUAAUAAAGAGGG